AGUAAAAACUAUACGGUGGAUCUUAUAGCCAAAUGGAUGAUGACUAUGGAUAGACGAGGCCAAAUAUAUUUCAUUCCUUGGAUUGUUGAUCGACAUUGGAUGUUGGUGCUCGUGAUGAUGCGGGGGAUGACCAUAAUUUUGGACCCUUUAAAAAAUCAUAAAUCUCCACCAAUAAUUACGGAGGUUAUGGAAAAAGCAUACGCACAAUGUUUGGAAAAUGAAUACAUCGGCACAUUUACAAAAUUGGUGAGAGGUUCUUGUCCAAAACAACCUGAAAGUCAUGAAUGUGGUUAUUAUGUACUAAGAUACAUUUAUGAUCUUGUAAAUGCACCGAAUCCAGCAGAAGUUAUCAAGAAGAAAUGGUUUGACAAAAAGCAAUUCAAUGUCAAAGAGGAUCUACUACCACUACAAAGUGAUUGGUUAGCUAGAUUAAUGCCAUUUGUUUAUGAAAUCUAAAUUUUUGUAUGUAUGUAAGAUUAAAGUGC